AUGUCAAGUCCAAGUCUUCUAUCGCUUACAUAUGCAGCACAAGAAGUUAAUAUAUACUUACGUUCGAUUAUUUUAAUAUUUGGUGUUACAAGUAAUAUUCUUAAUAUUAUUGUUUUUCUUAGUCUUGAAAUAUUUCGUGACAGUUCAUGUGCAUUCUAUUUACUUGCUAUGUCAUUUGUCAGUAUAAUUCAAAUAUUCUUUGGUUUAUUUGCUCGUACUUUAAAUGUUGCGUUUAGUGUUGAUUGGUCAACUACUUCUUUAACAUAUUGUAAACUUCGAUAUUAUUUUUUUCAAGUAUGUUCAGCUAUAUUUUACACUUGUAUAGCUCUUGCAACUAUUGAUCAAUAUUUAGCUACAUGCUCGAGUCCAUUUCUACAACGUUUUAGUAAUAUUAAAUUAGCACGUUGGCUAUUUGUAAUAUUUACAAUUAUUUGGAUAAUACAUGGUAUUCCAAUAUUGUAUUAUUAUAAUCAAGACAUAUCAAAUUCAACAAAUGCAACAAUAUGUACAAUUACAAAUGAUACUUUUCAACAAUAUUAUAGUUAUUUUACAUUAAUUAUACUACUCUGUUCUAUGCCUGUAAUUAUUACAGUGUUAUUUGGAAUUCUAGCCUACCGUAAUGUACAACAUUUAACAUAUCGUACAAUGCCAUUGGUAAGACGAGAAACAGAUAAACAAUUAACAAUAAUGGUACUUGUACAAGAUGUCUACAAUUUAUUCUUUAUUAUACCUUAUAUUGUUGUUUAUGCAUUACAACUUAAUUUAAAUAUAAAUUUAGCUCCAAACUAUGCUGCACAAAUAGAACUUGCACUGAGUAUUACUGGUGCUUUAUAUUAUGUACCAUUUUCUAGUGCGUUUUAUAUCUAUGUUUGUGUAUCGGAACGAUUUCGACGACAAUUUCUUUAUGUACUCUUUAAACUUCAUUUAGGUCGAUGUCGACAAGAUUUUGCAAGAAAUCAAAUCUUACCAGAUACAUAA